CUUGAGCGCAGGGCACUGCCAUCUCUCUGUGGCUUGCACUCGCAGCAGCAGCAGCAGCAGCAGAUUGCACGGGCCUUGCACAACCACCGGAGCAAGAGCGAUCGAGCGAUCGAGCGAGGGAGAGAAGAGAUCAGCAGCAGCAGAAGCAGCAGAGAGAGAGAGAGAGAGAGAGAGAGAGAAGCUGAGAGAAGAAGAAGAAGAGGGAGAGAGAGAGAGAGAGAGAGGAGGGAGGGAGGCUUUUUCUUUGUUGGGUAGAGGGAGAGAGAGAGAGAGAAGAGUAGCAGAUGGAAUAGAGCGAUUUGCUUGUUGCGCCCUUGGAAUGGUCGAUCGAGCGACAUCAGUCGAGUAGGGAGGGUCGCAGCUUUUGGUUUUAGCCGCUGCGGUCAUAGGUUGCGGAGAUUGCCUUUGUCCUGCUCGUCGAUAGUCUUGGCCGUGUCUUUGUUGGACGACGGCUCCAUUCCCCCCCAUCCGUAGUUCUGCGCUUUUCUGGCUCCUUUUGACUGAUCUUCUGUCUUUCCUGCGGUUUCAAGACACUCGCCAUCCCGACUGGAUUCCAGAUCGAGGAGCGGCACUCACUCGCCUCUGUUCCAGUUCUUCGCGGAUCCGGGCGCACGGUGAUCACUUACUGGGGAGCUGUGACCCCUCUUACUUAUGAUUUCUCUUGUUUUUCUGGGUCGAGAGAGAACUCUGGUCGGUGCUAGGGUUUUCGUGACUGAAUUCGGGGGCGUAGUGUAGUGAUUCAGGUGUGAAGUUCAUGCCGUGAAGCAACAACAACGACAACCACCACCUCCAUCAUCACCACGGCACCUUAGUUGUUCUUCCCUCCUAGAUUGGUAGGUACAUGGCGGCAGUAACAGAGGAUCCUCUGGCUGUAGCUAUGGAGGCGGUUCCUCCUAGAAAGGAACGUCUGCAGAAAGCCUUUAACGAUCUUGAGAUACAGAGAGCAGCUCUCGCAAGCUGCACUGUGGAAUGGAAAGAGCUUGAGGAACAUUUUGCCGAAGUUGAAAUAGCCGUGCAGAAGCGUCUGGAAGAUCUGGCUGCGAAGGAGAAGUCUUUUGACGCCAAAACCAAAGAAGUACACGAGGCCCUUGACAAACGGGAAGAGGCCGUUUCUGCCAGAGAGCAAGCAUCAUUGUCUCGCGUGCAAGAACAGAAAGACUCUGCUAUAGCAGCGAUUUUCGAGGAGAAACGCAAGUGGUUGGAAGAACGAUCACGGCUUGAAGCUGAAGCUGCUGCUAAGGCCGCUCAGAACGCCAUUACUGAGACGCCCGCUGUCAAUCAUGUCAAUCAUGUAGUGGAAGUUAUCAAGGCAGAACCCCCCGUUGCAGUUUCUAAUGGUCUUACUAGUGCUCAGGCCAUGGAGGUCGAUGUAUCAUCGCCAAAGCCUUCUGGAGCUCCCGCUGCCACUACUGUAACUGUCUCUGUAAAAGAGGAACCGGCCAACGAUGCCGUUAGUAAGGAUGCAGGCAAGACCGACACUACUAGCACUCCCGCUGUGAAAGCAGUAGUGCCUGAGGUGAGGGUGCGUCCACAGCUUAAGUCACUGUGCGAGAACAUGGAUGGUGAUGGGCUGAGAAAGUACAUUGUCGACCAUCGGAAAGAUGUUGGUGCCUUGCGCGCUGAGCUGCCCUCCGCACUUCAGUGUGCGAUUGAUCCUGCACGCUUGGUCCUCAGUGCAUUGGAUGGUUACCACCAUCCAGAGCCGGGGACCAUCGCAAGCAACCAAGGGGCAGAUAAGAAGGAAUCAGGAGCAUCGGCUAAUCGCCGUGCUUGCAUCCUUUUGCUGGAGUGCCUUGCUGUGGUGUUGGCUGAUCCUGUACUAGGAGCGGAUCACCCCGUGGUGCCCUCCAAUAUCAAGGAGUCGGCCAAGGAAGUCGCUGACCAAUGGAGGUCCAAGAUGACAAUCCAUGGAGAUGCCACGUCUGGCAAUUCUUUGGAUGCUCAGGCUUUUCUACAGCUUUUGGCAACUUUUGGUAUUGCUUCGGAGUAUAAUGAUGAUGAGCUGUGCAAACUCGUCACUGCUGUUGCGCGGCGCAGGCAGUCACCUGCGCUCUGCCGGUCCCUUGGACUGUCGGCCAAGAUACCAGAUGUGGUGGACAGGUUGGCCAAAGAGGGCAAACAGAUCGAAGCCUUGUCUUUCGCUCAUUCAUUUGGUAUCAUGGACCGAGUCCAACCUGUUCCUCUGUUGAAGGCUUAUCUGAAGGAAGCUCGAAAGACAGCACAAAACAUACUCAAGAACGGGAACAGCUCGGCUGCAGCUCAGAACGACGCCACGAUGAAGGAACUUGGCGCGUUGAAAGCUGUUUUGAAAUGCAUUGAGGAGUACCAACUUGAAAGCCAGUACCCCUCUGGUCCUCUGCAGAAGCGUGUCGCACAACUUGAGAAGGCCAAAUCGGAUAGAAAGAGAGCUGCUGUUGCUGUUAAGGCGCAGACUAAACGCCCUAGGGCCAGUGGUGGCAGUGGGGGCGGCUACGGUGGCGGUUCAGCUGCCGCUAAUGAAAGAAAUUAUUACCGUGGCUCUGAAAGAGGGCAGUAUGGGGGUGGUGUAGGUGUAUCUUCUUACAGCCUGGCUGCGCAAAAUAAUUACGAUAGGCGCACACAGGGAGGGUACUCGACCACCUACACUGGUGGAAGCCGCAGUCCCGUGUCACUUUCUAGUUCUUAUUUGUAUUCUGCUGAAGGAUUAGGUUCGCCUGUGUAUGGAUCAGGUGGGUAUAGCAACCCUACCGCUACCUAUAGUAGUUAUCAGUUUGGAAGUGGGCUGCCUCCUCCUCCUCCAGCAUACCAGGCGUCAUUUUUGCAUUAGUAGACACGUACUCUUGUUUCUCAUAGUUAUACAGGAAUCGGCUGCAAGCACCUUUUAACUCUUCCUGGAAGGAUCAGCGAAUUGUUUCACAGUAGUGGGCGGGAAACGUGGAUGAGCACCGCGGCUGAUCUUUUUGCCUCACAGGAGAAUUCACUCGUUACAUUACGAUUUGUAAAAUUCAUGGGAGAAAUAGCCCUGUGACUUCCUCGAAGGUGGUCGUCAGAUUGCAAGAGCGUACAGGGGAAGAAGCUUGCCCAGAUCGGUAAAUGUAGUUAGGUUAUACGGUAAUGUAGGUCUUUUAGGAGCCUUGCUUUCUUUGUACAUUACAAACCUUAAGUGUCACCUUAUGCUCUGUGCAUCUGGACAGAUGUCAAGAUUACAAACUUGCCCAUGGGCUGGUACAUGAAUGUAACAUGUGC